AUAUAAUCUAGAAGAAGAAGAACAUGGCAUCUUCCGUAGUUGGAAGGUUGAGUUGUAAGCCAUGCUCAGUAAAAAGUGCUUGGAAAACGUCACUGCGAUAUGCAUCAAAUGCUUAUUACGUUUUAUUACCUGAGAUUCCACCAGACACCCCAGACACCAACCCACUGUUAAAGCACGAAAACAGGUUAUUUCCUGAGUUUUCCGAGAUCACAGCCGACCAGUGUGUAACAGGGUGUGCCAAGCUGUCAAUAGAUUUUGAAACAAAGCUCGGAAAUCACAUCGAUAAGCUAAAAGAUCAAAGCUAUGAAAAGACUUUUAAGAGUGUGUUUGAGCCCAUAGAGAAAGACAUAGCCCCACUCAGUAAUGGAUGGAGAACAGCUAAGAUUCUGAAUUAUGUUCGUCAAAAAGAUGGCUUCAGAGAUGCAUUUGUCAGGAUUCAUCCUCAGGUUUUGAGAGCGAAAAAUGAACGAUGGGUUAGCACGGACCUUUACAAUGCUGCAAAGGAAGUGGGAGCCGAUGUGGAGAAUCUGACUGAGUUCCAGCAGCGUCUGGUGGACAUGUAUCUCUUGGAGUGUCGCCUCAACGGCAUCAACCUGCAGGGCUCCGACAAGAAGAGAUUCAUCCAGACAAUGAAAGUGCUCACCAUGGAAAAGUUCAACUUCCGGAACCGAGUGAUUUUGUGUCAGAAACCGUUUACUCAUAUCGUCUUCGACUUCAGCAAGAUUCAGACUAUGCCCAAGUCAGUUCUUGCUGCCAUCAGCAGUGAUCCCUUCAAUAUUACUCGUGGACCGUGGACAGUGAAUCUGCAGCACAGUGUGUACCAUGCAUUUCUCAACCACUGCACUGACCGGCCGGAGCGAUGGACUGUGUGGAACGCAUACAACAACCGCGCGGCGGUGAUCCACGCUCCACAGCAUCUCACCAACCACAAGGUCAUUGAAGAUAUCAGAACUUACAGGAGAGAUCUAGCAAAACUACUUGGAUUUGAAAACUUUGCCGAAAUGUCCAUGGAAACGAGAAUGGCGGGAUCAGUGAAGAAUGUGCUAAACAUGAUAGAAACCUUCAAGGGCAAGUUCAAGCCUCUGGCUGAAGAGGAGAUAGCUGAUUUAGCAUAUUUUGCUGAGUCAAACGGUUUUCAGAAUGAACUGCAGAUGUGGGACGUCUCGUACUGGAGAAGAAGACAAGAGGAACACCUGUUCAAACUGGACGACACUGAAAUUGCACAGUACUUUCCACUGGACAGAGUUCUGCCUGGAUUGUUCAGUCUUUGUUCAAAGCUGUUUGGCAUCACCUUCAAGGAAUGUACUUCUGAAGUUGAUGUUUGGCAUGAAGAUGUAAAGUUCUACAAUGUUCAUGAUGAGAAUGGAGAUUACUUGAGCUCAUUCUUCUUCGAUUCCACUGCCAGACCUAUGGAGAAGUUCAGUGGGUCUUGGAUGGAAAUGGCAAGAGAAAGAAGCGAUCUGUCUGGUACCAAUCCGUAUUCUUGCCUCAUUAUGAAUCUCACACCCCCUCGUUUGAAGAAUGGACCAAUCUUGAUGGAGUUUAGUGAUGUUGAAAGGUUAUUUCUGGAGUUUGGCCAUGGACUGCAGCAGAUGCUGACCAAAGUUCCAUACAGUGAGCUGGCCGGCCAGCGCAACAUCGAGUGGGAUGCCAUACAUGUGUGUGCAAAGUUCCUCCAGCUGUGGUUGUACGUUCCCAAUGUUCUUCAGAGUGUUAGCGGACAUUUUGAGACGGGAGAGACUCUGCCGGUAGACAUGAUGGAUCGUCUGCUGAAAGCUAAAAAGCACAUGGCUGGUUUCGACAUGAUGAGGAUGCUAUAUUACAGUGCUUAUGACAUGGAAGUGCACAUAAGUAAAAACCACUGGAAUCCGCUGAUGCAACAGACGUGGGACAAGUUCAUGCCAGUGCCACUCAAUGAGGAAGACAAUCACCCGUGCUCGUUGAUGGAGAUUUUCAGCGACAUGCAGGCGGCCUCACUGUACGGACACAAGUGGUCAGAGAUGAUUGCUGCUGACCUGUUUGCUACGUUUGAAGAAGUUGGGCUUGACAAUGAGGAAAAGAUCAAAGCACUUGGAAGACGUUUCCGAGAUACAUAUCUUUCUCUGGGAGGAGGUGUUUCCGCAAGCGAAGUGUUUCGCCGAUUCCGUGGUCGGGAUCCCUCACUAGACGCACUACAGACCUACUACGGAGUGAGAUGAACCAAGCACAGGCACGCGACCUGUUGUGAUAUACAUUGCAGCCACUAACACAUUGUUCACAAAACCGUGUAUUCAGAUCUGUAACUGUGGAAUAUUAGGUUUCUACACAAGUGUGAGGGAAACAUCCCAUAACAUGAUAGUUUUUGAUGAAAACAAGGAGUGCUUUUUUUAUUUUGUGACAGCAAACAAAUUGUAUUUAUGUAUUUCUGGUUUAGACAUACGAAGGUGCUGAACAACCUCCAUAUUUGUAAUGUUUGUUUUCAGUAUUGUUUGUGCUAAUAGCUGUUAGGUUACUUAGUGACCUUGACAGCUGUUCUUUCUUAGUGUUGCAUGAUGGAAUCGUUAGGAUCCAUUCACAUUUUAUAUUAACUUCACAACCAUAAAGACUAUACAACAUUUAUAAUCGUAUUUACUAAAGAAGAAAUCUGAAACAUUUAAUAUAACUGGGAGAUUUUAUUAUUUAAAAAUAACUUAUCAUUAUGCACUAUUUAGAAAGUACCCAUGACAUCCUUCUGGCUCCAUAUUUAUAGUUCAUAGAAGUGAAAAUUAACAGACAUUUGUAUGAACCCAUAGUACAAUCGAUAUACAUUUUGUGGACACUUAAAAACAAAACAUAUUUUAAUGAAACAUGAUGACUGGGUGAUGUACAGUGUGAUUCUGUGAUAUGGAAUUACACACACACUAGGUUUAUUACACCCGCAAUCAGUCAUAAUGGGGAAAGUAUUUUUCAUAUUUUCUCCCAGAAAAAUCACUCGAUGUUGUCACGUAUCAUGUUAUUAAACAAUUUAAUGCUUACCGGUGACUUUAUCUGGACUAAAUAUGAUGUCAGCAGUGUUUGGUAAAGAUUUAAAAUGUCAUUUUAAUUAAACAGCAUUUGAACUGUUCAUUUCCAAAAGUGUUUGGUAAAGAUUUAAAAUGUCAUUGUAAUUAAACAGCAUUUUAAAUGUUCAUUUCCAAAAUGUGAUACAUGUAUAUCACUAGGUAAUUUUGAGAAAAACUUGAUUUUGCUUUAGCACGACAUAGCAAUAUCAUAUGAAGUACAGUUUUAACCUGUUGAGUUGGAAUAGAUCAUAUUUUGUUGUAAAAUGUAUUGUCGUAUUGUUAAGUUGUACUAAUAUCAGUAUACCUUUGUUUAAACUCUAAAAUCUCGAAACUGGUUGGAUAUCGCAUUUUGGAAAUUAACACAAUUCUGUGUUAAUCUUUUAAACUCCAUAAUUAAACAGACAGUGGGUUUUUAAGAACUUUUUGUGUAAGGGAACAAAACAAAAAGGUAUAUCAACACUGAGAAUAGUGAGGAGAAUAGUUGACCUAAUUUGUAUGGAAACUCAAGUUCAAGAUGUUUGUUUUUUAAUUAGCUGGAAUAAUAAAUGGUGUAAUAAACAAGCUUAGGCCCCUUGUAACACAAUUUUAUUCUCAUUUAAACUGGAUACCAAGUGCUAAUCUAUUUAUUUUCAUCUGUGUAAAUACCAGUAAUAUAUCACAGUAUAUUAUUAAAUUUUCUUACUUCUAGCUUCAUUGAGACAAUGCCUGUAGAAUCAAUAUUCUCAGAAAUUUCUAAAGGUUGUUUUUUUGCCUGUUCCACUUAUUGCUACAGGACUGAAUAUUAAUAAUAUUGUAAAUCAUGAACAUUUUUGCAAGCCAUCAAAUUAAUGUGGAGGUUUCUAGAGGUGUUUAAUUUGUUGUUAUCUGAAAUUGCAUAAAUAUCAUGAUGCAAUAAAUGCUUUGUAUAUAUGUAACGUGUCUGAUCCUAAAAUGUUUUCCUUUGUGAAGUGUGAUUGUAUGGUAAAUAUGGAUUAAACCAUUUGUAUAAUAGGAA